GGGAGGGAUGAGGGGAGGAGAACGGUGCCUUGGCGCGAGCCCGAGGAGUCGAAACUACGGAAUUCCAACCGACAGAGUAGUACCGGCGUUCGUACGACACGGUCAUACAGUUGUAGUGAGCGAGUGUAAUCCGAGGUGAGAGUGAGAGAAAAGAGAGAGAGAGAGAAAGAAAAGGGAGAGGGGAGGGGAAUUGGACGGAGGGGUGAUGCGAGGCUGAGGUGGUUGCGUCUCAUUGUGUUCGCCGGCUCAGUUCCGCUCUCGCAGUACACCGGAUACGCGACGUCAGGUGAUCGACUCUUAGACACCCACGAUCGUCCCGCGUGAGGAGAAGAAAGAAAAAGACUUUAUAAGUGAGAAAUAUAGACAGUGAGCAAAAUGCGAAGUGUCUCGCGCUCGUGACAAUCGUCGGAAAAUUGUCCAGGUCCAACGAUCAUCGAGCGUUACCGCUGGAAAUCUCUCGAAAUCAAAGCUCGAUCGUUUCCCGACGCGAGAGACUUUGGAAAGAGAGACGAUAAUAACGUAAAUACGUAGAGAGCGUUCUCGCCAGACAACAUGUGAAUCAUGAACGAUACGCGCGUCUGUUUUCGUUUCGUUUUGUUCAUCCCAGCGCCGAGUUAACCGAUAUCGAGUUCGACGCUCAUUAUCGAGAUCCGCGUCUUUAAUUCUCAGCCGAGGAGCCGGUAAGUGGUGGUACCGUCCCGCUGUCGUCGUCGUCAUCGUCGUCGACACGCCGUCGAACCGAGGCCGACGAUGCCGCACGCGGUGAUCGCGAUUUAUCGAGCGACAUUGAAUUGGAUAUUCGCGUCCGGAAUCGGUGCGAUCAUAUGAUAAAUGUAGAACACGUUGUAUUCCCGGUUUCUUUUUGUUUUUUUCCUUUCUUCUCUCUUUUUCGUUUUGGACCCCUCCUCCCCUUUUCCUUCCCUUCUAUUGAUGUACGACUAGGUCGCGAGGCGCAUUGUUUCUCCCGGCGAACUAGUGAAGUCCUCGCACGUGACUCGCCGCUGUAUCGUUUCGCGCUUCCAUGUACGAUCGUGGUCGUUCACGUGUUAUCUCGCAUGCUACAUCACGCGUAGUUCUGCCGCGUCAUAGGACGCGAUCCAAGAGGCGACUAAGUGAAACGACAGACCAGAAAGAAAGGGAGAAGAAUCGCCACGGUAUAGUUGCGCGCGCGCGCUCGGGCGCGUGUAACGAGCGCUCAUGUGUGUGCAUCGUCUAGUUUUAUUCUGUUCGCGUUGUGUACGAAUUACUAUUCGACGGUUGAAACGCGUGACUUGACGGCCGAGUGGAAAAAAGACAAUAUGAGUGAGAUGACGGGUGUUGUCGAGACACAGCAGCAACAGCAACAAUACGUAGGCGGUAGCUCGAAUGCGGGGCAUCAUUGUAAAGACUGUGGUCUCAAGUUUGAGAGCGAGAAGAGCCUGGAGGUGCACGUGCGUUAUUCUCAUCAAGAGAACUUGUUAAAUCAGUGGGCCAGUAAGGCACAGCAGGAAGAGAGCAAUAAUAAUCAUAGUAAGACUGGUAAUCAUAAUAGUCACGUGAAUGCCAAUCGGGAGAGUGUGAGUGUGCCAACGGACUCGAGUGAGCCAUCAUCAAUGUCGCCUUCUCAAGAUCCAACAUCCUCGCAGCAGCAGCAACAACAGCAGCAGCAACAGCAGCCACAACAGCCUCAACAACAGCAGCAGCAGCAGCAGCAACAAUCUGCCAUACAUACACUUGUGUGUCCACCAUAUGAUUUUCAAACAUCAAUGUAUAGCGACAGCGGUUAUUACAUACCAAACGAACAAUCUUAUAUGUUAACUCAUCAUUAUUCGCCGUCACAAGAAGACGCUCAAAGCAAUCGCGAUGGUAGCGGCGGUUACCCGCGCUAUCAUCCGUAUCAGCAUCAGCAGCACUAUUCUGCGGAUCGCACGACGUCCAAUUCUACUAGCCCGCAGAGUCCGCCGCUUCAAUGCGAUAAAUGCGGCGCGGUUUAUGAAGACGCUAAUCAAUUAGGCGAGCACAUGAGAACGACUCAUUUGGAUUCACCUUCCGCGUAUCCACCUGCGCCGCAGUAUCAACAACUGGGCAACAGUCCUCAGCAGUUGCAUCCAUCGCCGCCUCUUUCCAAUCAACCGCAACAACAAUCCGGUUAUGAUUACAACGGUGGACAAACGAAUAAGUCGGACAUGAAACAGGAACCACCUGAAGAGCAAGCUGAAAUCCUCGACUUGGAUUCUCACAAAGUGCAAACGCAUCGAUACGAAGAGGAGCUCAUAAGACUUCAGCAGCAACAACAGCAGGGACUUCAGAUGCAGAUGCAACAUCGACUGAUACAGCAGCAACAGCAGCCGCAGCACAGAAUAGGAUCACAUUCGGUGAGUUCUAUGCUGAGUUGGCCGCCGGCUACCCAACCACAUGAUUAUCAUACCGGGCUUGGGUCUAUGGGCCCCAUAGACAAUGUUCCUCCACCGAUAGCUGAUCAGGGUCAAUUCAUGCGCGGUCAACAUAUGCCUGUGGAGCACGGACAUCAAAGCUCACCGAUAAUCUCGAGCACGCAACCGAUGGCAAGCCAUCAGAUACCAGCGGGGUUUGUCCAGCAACCAGCAAAAGCGCCGCCGUUAGCAAACCAAUCCUGGAAAAGUAACGAGCCGCGCCGGCCAAAGACCUACAACUGCACUGCGUGCAACAAGUGGUUUACAAGCUCGGGCCAUCUCAAGAGACACUAUAAUACGACGUUGCACAAGAACGCUGUUAAGAACGGCAAGGAACCUGAUCCAGCGAAUUCACCGAUUAGCAAUCAUCAUCAUCCCACUAGAGAGAAUAAUCAUUCGGGCAGUAGAGGCGGUGGUGCGCCUACACGAUCCCCGUCGGAUUUACCCUCUUCCAGGAGUCCCCCAAACUUGAUGGCAGGUCCCUCGGGCGAGGCGACGAGGGGCCUGCUUCACACGCCCACCACGCACUGCAAUUCCAACAGCAGCAACAGCAGCGACUCUUCGGCAGCGGCCCUAGUGCAGCAACAGCUGGUCCACCUGCCGCACUCGGGAAUAAUGCCGGUCAAUUGUCCGGUUCCAUCGUCGCUGGCGGGACAUCACCAGCAACAAAUGGGUUCUGCGCCUCACCAGCUGGGCCUCCAGCAGCAGCAACAACAGCUUCACCUACCAACGGAUUCGCUGGGCCAACCGGUGCAUCAUACGAGUUCACCCUUACCCCCACAAGCGGCAUCGCACAUGGGGAAUUGCCCUUCGCCAAUGGGUUCAUCCCCCCACCCGCAUCACAUGAACUCGCCACCAGGCUCGGUCCAUCCGGCGAUGACUUCGCCCACGGCGAUGGGGGGUACUACGAUGCCUCAUCAGCCGUACCCAAACGCCUUGCCCCCCCACGUUACAAUUACUACCAGCACCCCGGCGGUCCUACUGGAGUCUACCCAACCAAUUACCACCAUGCAGCUAACUACUAUUGGCAAUGAACAAAAUGAUCAACAACAACAUCAGUUGCUGCCCAGUUUUACGAUUUUUGAUCAGAAGAAUAAUUUCACGCAAAUUGGUGUGCUAACCGGGUUCGUAGUAGAACAAAAUCAGAUACAGUCCGUUAACGUGGGGGGGCUAAGCGCAGAGGAAAUUGCUCCUCAAGAAUCUUUCGAAUCUUCUGCAACGACCUAUGAUCCGUAUUCACCAUCGCGCUACAAGUCGUUGACUGAUAUGGACGUAACAAUGAUGCAGACAAACGAGGAACAACAGGCAAAAGAGGAUUUAGAUCCAAACAUCGGUUUGAAGCCUAAGAAGGAGCGUAAGAGCAAGACCAACUCGAAGAAGCCACGUCAGGUCAUCACCACCGGAGCCAAUUUUAUUUCCCAGGAUGGCAUCCAUAAGUGUAUUGAUUGCAAUAAAUUUUUUGUCAGAGGCUGCUAUCUCACGCAGCAUAACAAAAGCUUCCAUUCCGGCGACAAGCCGUUCAAAUGCACGCAAUGCGGCAAGCGUUUUCCGAACGAGGAACUGUACGGAAAACACGUAAAGAUGCACACUUGUGCGAGAAGACAUCGCUGCGAAGCCUGUCCGAAGGUAUUCGCCCACAAAACUGACCUCAAGCGGCAUACCUGCAUCCAUACCGGUAAGCGACCGUUUAAAUGUGAUAUUUGCGAUAAAGGAUUCAUCCGACAAGAUCACAUGAAGAAGCAUCAGCAUACGCAUAGAAAGAAACGAAACGGUGCGCAUUUCAACAAUCAACAAUCCAAUAAUGAACAGCUCAAUACCCCAAAUAAUUACGAAACAAAGUUGUAACGACGUGUGCCUCUGGGACGUCGAGUUCGAUUAGGCUUCGAGAUCGUCACGAUGAUCGAGAUACGAAAGAUAAUAUUUAUCGCCGACCGACAGGUAUCGUCUUUGUCCGCAUAUUUUCCAUUUUUUCUCUUCUCCAGAUAUGUAAAAAUUCGAUUUACGAAUGAUUUGAUACUUACUUUGUAAUUUUCCGUAAAACGAUGCAAUAUUUUCGAUAAAAAAAAUAAAAUAGAUGACGAAUUUCUUUCUUGUGCCUGCGAAUAAAUACUUUUUUUGAUAAAUAGUUUUAAUAUAGCGACAUGCAAGCCGUAUGAUAGCAUCGUCAUUUUCUCAAUUUUUUUUUAUUAACGUCAUAUUUCAUAUUAAUUAUUCAAGCUUUUAUUCAAAAGGCAUUUGAUGGAAAGUAAUCAAGGCAAAACGGGCCUCACAAUGUAUCGAAAUCAUUGUGCUUCUUUUAUGAACACAAAAAAUCUGCGAAACUUUCACGACGAUAUCGAUCGAAAUCGCGAUAUUCUAAGAGAAAGAUCCUUCUCUAAAUAUUAUUCUUAUCGCAUCGAUCUUUUGGCAGAUUGUGACUUUAAUGUUUUUGACGACUCGAGAAAGUUAUAAGCGUCGCUUUUUCAAAUUGGCAAUAAGUGACCAGCAACUAAAAUAUAGACGUUAUAAUAAGUCCUCGAAGCUUAUAACAUUGUACAAAGUAUUACAUACAUAUAUAUAUAUAUAUAGAAAAGUGUGUGUAUAUUAUUAUUAUAUUAUAAUUAUUACAAUUACAUAAUGAUAUAAGUAAAAGAGCAAAUUUCUCUAUGAUAAUAUGAAAUGCAACUAUACAAAAGGCCGAACACAAUUUUAGCAUUAAAGCGCAG